AUGAAGUGUGACUGGCUUGUUGCCCACAAUUGGGCUCGCAUCGUUCUUCAGCUUCCUCAUUCAACUGCUGUCUCUGCUAUGGCUAUAUUCGGAACUGUCGAGUCUGGGCCGUUACCUUCACGAAACAGACGUCCUUCUACGCAGCUGGGGCUAGAAGAUAUAAACCUCAUCGUGCUGGUUAAUAAUGCUGGAGGAGCUGCAGAGCGAACGCUGGAUACCCUUGGGGGCCUAAGUGCCAAUAGGUUGACAGCGGAUGCGAGCGUAAAUGCCUUGUUCCCUAUACUACUACUCAGGCAGUUGACUCCUGUCCUGUGCCAUAGCUCGCUAGGGCUAAUCAUCAACAUAGGCUGGCUAGCGGAUCUGGGAGUGACCAAGACAGGCUCAUAUUCGGCGAGCAAGGCAUUUCUGAUGAAGCUGACGGAAAGUUUGGGUUGUGAAAUGCGGGUGGCGCGACACGACAUCGAGGUACUUGGUGUUAGGGUUGGGAAUGUUUGGGGUACAGGGCAGACGGUAGCUCAUGCUCCAGGCAUAUUUGCGCCGGAUGCUGCCACCAUGGCCGAGGCAGUGCUCGCACGCGUUGGUUAUGGAAGGGCUGUUGUUGUUAGGCAUUAG